GGAGGGAGGGGCCCACCGGUUUGCAGGUUGGAACUGUCACAUUGUCCCCUCCUUCUGGGCGGGUUCCGAGGUGUGUCGGAGCGCGGCCAAAGACCCAAACCAGGGCACCCCCAGGGCACCAGCAGGUUUGCCCUGUGCCUUCCGGGGGUGCCACUCUCAUGGGAAUUAGGGGGGGCAGCAUGCUUAGCUGGUGGGUACCGAGGCUGGGCAGCUCAGGUGCCUGGGUUCGUUGACCAGCUGGUGCCUGCUUGGGUCACCUUGGGUAAGUCUGUGCCUUGGUUUUCGCUCAAGCUCAAGCCCUUAUCUUGGACGUGAGCGUGGGAGUUAGGGACCAGCCCACCCUGGAGGCAUAGGAACCUGUCCCCUUAGCAUGGCGCAGGCAGUGGGCAAGGGGUCCUGACCGUCUGGAGGCUGGGGACUAGGGAGACCGCCUGGGACCCAAGCGCCAGAAGCACUCAAACUGAGAUUAGAUACUGUGUAAGUGAUGGGGCAGGGGUAGCUCGUCUCCUGGUUCCUCUCUUGGCCAUCGGGUCCUCACCCGUGACUCCCACCCCGUUCCAGGUGCAAAAACAGGGGCACUAUCUCUUUAAAGCUUCCAGGGCUGCUACCGCACCAUGUGAUUGCUUGAAAGGCUGAGCGCUGGCGCUGCAGCAGAGGAGUUCGGAGGAGGAUGAGCUGCGGCUCGCAGCCGCCCCGUGCCCGCAGCCCAGCCCAGCUUCGGGCUCUCCCUGAGCCCUGGCCGGGACCUGUGGUCCAGGCCCCCCGGGGACCCACCUCUGGAACCACCUGCUGGCCAGCUGGCAGGAUGGUGCCUGCUGUGUGCCCACCAGUGCCUGCUGGCUGAUGUUCCUGCCCUGUGCCCACCAUGCCCCACUCCAUAUCGGCCUUCCAGGCCGCUUACAUUGGCAUCGAGGUACUCAUCGCCCUGGUGUCAGUGCCUGGGAACGUGCUGGUGAUCUGGGCAGUGAAGGUGAACCAGGCUCUUCGUGAUGCCACCUUCUGCUUCAUUGUGUCGCUGGCUGUGGCCGAUGUGGCCGUGGGUGCCCUGGUCAUCCCUCUCGCCAUCCUUAUCAACAUUGGUCCCCAGACUCAUUUCUACACCUGCCUCAUGGUGGCCUGUCCCGUCCUCAUCCUCACCCAGAGCUCCAUCCUGGCCUUGCUUGCUAUUGCUGUUGAUCGCUACCUCCGAGUCAAGAUCCCGCUCAGGUACAAGAUGGUGGUGACGCAAAGGAGGGCAUCAGUGGCCAUCGCAGGCUGCUGGCUGCUCUCCUUCCUCGUAGGCCUAACGCCCAUGUUUGGCUGGAAUAACCUGGAUAAGUUGAAACAGGAGGCCAAUGGCAGCCUAGGUGACUUGGUGAUUAAGUGUGAAUUUGAGAAGGUCAUCAGUAUGGAAUACAUGGUAUACUUCAACUUUUUUGUCUGGGUCCUCCCGCCUCUGCUGCUCAUGGUCCUCAUCUAUCUGGAGGUCUUCUACCUGAUCCGUAAGCAGCUCAACAAGAAGGUGUCAGGCUCUUCAGGGGACCCCCAGAAGUACUACGGGAAGGAGCUGAAGAUUGCCAAGUCCCUGGCCCUCAUCCUCUUCCUCUUUGCCCUCAGCUGGCUGCCCCUACACAUACUCAACUGCAUCACUCUCUUCUCCCCAGAUUGCCAAAAACCCAGCAUCCUCACCUACAUUGCCAUCUUCCUCACUCACGGCAACUCGGCCAUGAACCCAAUUGUCUACGCCUUCCGCAUUCAGAAAUUUCGGACCACCUUCCUGCAGAUCUGGAACCAGCAUUUCCGAUGCCGGGCAAUGCCCCCAUCUGAUGAUGAGGAUCCCCCCGAGGAGAAGCUGGAUAAUUAGACCCUGAACCUUCCUGUACCCCAAUUGUCCUAUCCCUAUCCACAUUCCUCUCCACUGGGGUACCAUGGUGUCUCUCUCCUCUACUCCCUUCUGCGAAUCCCAAUCCUUGUCUGCCCAUAGUUCCCUUGGCAGCACCAUGGGGUACGAGCAGAGGGAAGGCCCUGAAGUGAAAUCCAGAGCUUUAGAACAUCUUCCUGCCACCCCCACCAGGUUGGCCAUAUGAUCUGAAUGGCUGUGGGGUUAAUUGUCCUUCCUUGUACAUGUUCCUGGGAAGAUGCCUCUGGAAAUGAAUGGGAUUGGGUUUAUGGAGAAGGAAGGAGACAGGAUGGGACUCCCUGUUCUUCCAGUCAAAAUCAGCACCCCAUGUUUAAUGUUUUGAGGCAAAUAUGGUAGCCUGGAGGGGUGAAACAUGGGAAAAUCUGGGCUGGAGAGAUAGUUCCUAGAGACCCUCAGACUCUCACGGUGCAGCUUGGAGGAGUAGAGGACAGAAGUCAACUCAGAAGCCAGCUUUUGAGUGGGGUGGAAUAGUUGACAAGGAGGGAGACCUCCCCCUCCUCUCUUUCUUGGUCGGCAGGAAAAAGGUAGUUAGGUAGAGGCAACUGAGACCCAAUACCCCAGCAUCCUGGUCUGAGGAUAUUGUACCCAGAGCAGUGCCAGGCCGUGCCCUGGUCUAAGGAUAUUACACUCUAGUCUAGGCAGUGCCAGGUACCUCCUCUAAAUGCCCCAGCAGGUAUAAUCCUACAGCUGGAGAUGAUGUAGGAACUGGGACCUAAAACUGUGGGGUCAGUUUCCCCCAUUCCAUUCCUUGCUAACUCCAAGGAUACUGCCAAGAGCUAGGACUCAGGUGGCUUUCAGGAGGAGCAGUGUCUUGUGGACCAUGGGGGCAUAGGACAGAGAUGAUGCCCUUGGGUACAGUGCCAGAACACUCCACUAGGAGGGAGCAUUGGUUCCCCCAUCUUGCCCCAAGCUUUUCUAAGUUGUCUAUAAGAGACAAGAGACCCUAGAGAAGAGCUAGGACACACACGCACAUUGGUGAUGAGACCUCUCCCACAUCCUGAACUCGUGUUUAUCUGGGGAGGCAAGCUGGGACUCUGUCCUCCCAACUUAGGGACUGGAAAUCUGGCGCUAGGGCUGAAGCCCAUAGGAGGGGCAAGCAGGGCACAGGUGCCAGGGCAUCACUUGUAUCACCAUCCUGGGAGCUAGAUGAGGGAGGAAGAGUUAUAUCAAUAAAUGGAGCCCUUCUGCUGGCAUGAGGUGGAGGUGGAUGUACGAAACAUAACACCUGCUGUGGAUGUGCCCAGUGCUAACCCACCUGGGGAGUUGCCCUGGGCACUCUCAAAAGCUGGGUGAGAAGUAUUUAGCACCAUUUAAGUGGGAAAGAAAGGCCUUCCAAAAAAAGAGAUGAAUAGGGAUCUUAUUGAUGAGCCUAAUUGAUCUACUUGGGUUUUGUUCUAGGCCCCCAAAGGCAUCCUGGGAUGAGAUGGUGCCAAGGUGGGGCUUGAUAGUGAUAGAGGGGACAUCAGGAGGAAUGUCACCCUACUGGCUCCCAGAGUGGGGAAGAAGGACUGACCAAUAAAGGAUUAUGAAACCAA